UAUUGAUUUUCGUGAAAAACUAACUCACAUCAUACGUUUUUACUGUUGCAGAAAGAAUUCUGGUGGGAUAGUUCUGUCUACAGCGACGAGCUCAUCAGACAGGUCUUUAUGACCCACGCAGCUACCCGCUACAAAGACAACGUCCAUAAAAUGAAGUCCAAAAAGCAGAAGCAUCAAUCUGUGGGCCAGGACAUAUGGGAUGCCUGGAAUGCCUUCUGGGACACAGAGGCGGAGAAGAAGAAGUCGGAGAUAGCCCGGGCAAACCGGAUGAGCGAGCCGGCGGGCGCCGGUACUGGACCGGUCCGUCAUACCGGGGGAUCCCGCUCAGCUCUCAAGCAUAUGGACGUGAUGGCUAAGGAGCUCGGCCGGAAACCGAGUGCGACGGAGCUGUACACUCGCAUUCACUCCACGAAGGGUGAGAAGAAGCCUGUAGACAAGCGGGCUCAGAACAUGACUGACGCUAUUGCUGAGAGGCUGGCUGCUGCGACUCAGUCGCCGACCGGAGAGGGUAGCUCGACGAGUCCAGCUGAGGUGGAUGAGACCCAACUGUUUCUGGACAUCGAGGGUGUCAAUAAGAAGCACCGCGUGUACGGUUUAGGGUCGGCGAGUAGCAGGUAUGCGGCCCCCAGUAGCAGCAGGGCGCAACGAGGCAGCUCUUCUAGGUCGACACAUCUUGCGGACGAGGACAUCGAGCGCCGUGUGCAGACAGGCAUUCAGGAGGGCCUGCGAGAGGUUGAGCAGAGGUUAGCGGAGCAAAAUCGUCAACAGCUGGCAGAGCAACGGCGUGAGCACCAAGCGGCAAUGGCCCAGCUUAUCCGAGAGGAGAUAGCAAGGAUGAUGCCUAAUCUUCCUCCAGAGUAUCAGCCACAGUUUCCCGCUCCCCCACCAGACCGUGAUGACACUACAGAUUUGUAGUGUCCUGUUAGAUUAGGAUUCAGAACUAAUUAUGUAUUUUUUUUCUUUUAGACGACGUUAUGUGUAUUUUGAUAUUUAUCUAUAUAUUCAGUGUCAACUUUCUAUUAA